AUGUCGGCCAGAGAACCGGGAAUUCGCAUUGCCAUCGACAGAGGCGGUACCUUCACCGACGCCUGGGCCCAGAUCCCCGGCCGCACACAGGACGUGGUGUUCAAGGUCCUCUCGCAAAGUCCCGAUGAGUACGACGACGCGCCGACCGAAUGCAUCCGGCAGAUCCUGGAGCUGGCGUCGGGCGCGCCUAUCCCGCGAGGAGUGCCGCUCGACCCCGGCCCGAUCGAAUUCAUUCGCAUGGGCACGACGGUGGCGACCAACGCGCUGCUGGAGCGCAAGGGCGAGCGCGUGGCCCUGCUCAUCACGCGCGGAUUCCGCGACAUCCUCCGGAUCGGCAACCAGGCGCGCCCUCACAUCUUCGACCUCUCGGUGCACCGGCUGAGCAAGCUGUACGACGCCGUGGUCGAGGUGGACGAGAGAGUCACCAUCGAGGGUUUCGCCGAGGAUCCCGACCCAAAGCCCAUCGACGUCACGGCCGAUCCGGCGCUGAGGACGGGCCUGACGGGCGAGGCGGUGCGCAUCAUCAAGUCGCCCGACUACCAGGUCGUGCGGCGCCAGCUGCAGGGAUUGUGGGAUCAAGGCUACCGGAGUGUUGCGGUCGCCAUGCUGCACUCGUACACCUUCCAGGACCACGAGCUGGCCAUCGCCCACAUCGCCCGAGAGAUGGGCUUCAGAGUCGCCGCCUCGUCCGAGCUGCAGACCAUGGCCAAGAUCGUGCCGCGCAGCCAGUCGGCCGUCGCUGACGCCUACCUGUCUCCCAUCACCGACGACUACCUCACCAACUUCCGGAAGGGCUUCCAAGGCAAAUUCGAGGAUGGCAAUGCCAACAAGCUGUUCCUCAACCAGUCCGACGGCGGCUUGACCGCCUUCGGCAAUUUCACCGGCCUUCGAGGCGUCUUGAGCGGGCCGGCCGGUGGCGUGGUCGGCCUCUCCAGGACAUGUUACGACGCCCAGGACGGCACGCCAGUCCUCGGGUUCGACAUGGGCGGGACCAGUACCGACGUCGCUCGCUAUGCCGGAUCCCUCGAGCACAUCUUCGAGAGCACCAUUGCCGAAGUGACGAUCCAGACGCCGCAGCUGGACAUCAACACCGUGGCUGCGGGCGGCGGCUCCAUGCUGUUCUGGGAGAACGGCCUGUUCAAAGUCGGCCCCAGCAGUGCCGGCGCCAACCCGGGGCCCGCCUGUUACGGGAAGGGAGGCCCUCUCACCGUGACCGACGCCAACUUCUUUCUGGGGAGGAUCAUCCCCGAUCUGUUUCCUCGCCCGCUGGACCUGGACGUGGUCAAGACGAAGUUUGCCGAAAUCACCACGCAGAUCAACCGGGACACGGUCGGCCCCGGCCAGCUCAGUGCCGAAGAAGUCGCCGCCGGCUUCCUGUCGAUUGCGAACGCCACCAUGACGCGGCCCAUCCGGACCUUGAGUGAGGGCCGCGGCUUCGACACCGCCAGUCACAACCUGGGCUGCUUCGGCGGCGCAGGAGGACAGCACGCAGUCGCGGUGGCCCGAGACCUGGGCAUUCGACGGGUCAUCAUCCCCCGAUACUCGAGCAUCCUCUCCGCGUACGGCAUGGCGCUGGCCGACGUGACCGUGGAGAACCAGGAACCGGAGGCGCUGACCCUGUCCACCGAGACCUUGCCCCGGCUGGAGUCGCGGUUCGAGAGAUUGUGCGCCGCGGGGGUGCGAGGGCUGACGGCCCAAGGCUUCGCCGAGUCGCACAUCCAACACGAGCUGUUCCUGAGCAUGAGAUACCAGGGCAGCGACACCGCCCUCAUGAUCCCACACCCCGGCGACAUGGCCCAGUUCGCUCACGCCUUCACCGAGCGUCAUCACCAGGAGUUCGGCUUCACACAGCCGCGCGACAUCCUGGUCGAGGAUGUCCGGGUGCGCAGCGUCGGCAAGGGGGCCGACCUCCACCUGAAGAGCCCCUUCGAGGAGCUGCAGCAGCUGCGCACCACGCCGCCCGCCACGCCGGUCGAGCCCGAAUCGAAACGGAAGGUGUAUUUCGAGGCCCACGGCUGGACGGAAACGGGGGUGUUCUUCCUGCAGCAUCUCCCGCUGGGCACGCAUAUCAAGGGCCCGGCCAUGGUGGUCGACCCGACUCAGACCAUCGUGGUCGACCCGGCCAGCGAGGCCACGGUGCUCUCGGAGCACCUGAUCCUCGAGAUCAUGGACGUGGAAAAGGCCGCCGUAGCCACCGACGUCGUCGACCCCGUGCAACUGAGCGUGUUCGGCCAUCGCUUCAUGAGCGUGGCCGAGCAGAUGGGCCAGACCAUGCAAAAGACGUCCAUCUCGGUCAACAUCAAGGAGCGGCUCGACUACUCGUGCGCCGUCUUCUCGGCCGACGGCGGCCUGGUGGCCAACGCCCCGCACAUCCCCGGUCACCUGGGCUCCAUGAGCUAUGCCAUCGCCUACCAGGCGCGGUUCUACAAGCCCGGAGAACUGAAGCCGGGAGAUGUCCUGCUCAGCAACCAUCCGUGUUCGGGGGGCACCCAUCUGCCUGACCUCACCGUGACCACACCGGUGUUCGACGAUGACGACCAUCCCACUGAGAUUCUCUUUUUUGCCGCCAACCGCGGCCACCACGCCGACAUUGGCGGCAUCCAACCGGGCUCGAUGCCGCCCAACUCGACGGAGCUGUGGCAGGAGGGUGUGGCGGUCGAGUCUUUCAAGAUGGUCAAGGAAGGCGUCUUCGAUGAAGCCGGCCUGAGGGAGAUUCUCGUCGACAUUCCGGCCUCCUACCCGGGCUGUAGUGGCACCCGCACCCUCCGCGACAACAUUGCCGAUCUCAAGGCGGCGGUGGCGGCCAACAACCGCGGCAUCCAGCUCAUCCGGGCCUUGGUCAGGGAGUAUUCGUGGCCCGUCGUUCGCUUCUACAUGGAGGCGAUCCAGAACAACGCGGCUCAGUCGGUGCGGGAGCUGCUCAAAGUGUUUGCGAAGCGCUUCCAGGGCACCGAGCUCCAGGCGACGGAUUACCUCGACGACGGGACCCCGCUCGCCUUGAAGGUGACUAUCGACGAGGACACAGGCGAUGCCAUCUUCGACUUCAGUGGCUCGGGCCCCGAGCAAUUCGGCAAUCUCAACUGUCCGCCGGCGGUCAUGUAUUCGGGCAUCAUGUACUGCUUACGAUCCAUGAUCUCCACCGACAUCCCGUUGAACCAGGGCUGCCUGAAGCCGAUCCAGAUCAAAGUGCCGCCCAACUCGAUCCUGUCGCCCUCCCUGAAGGCCGCGACGGUGGGAUCCAACGUCGAGACCUCGCAGAGGAUCGUGGACCUGAUCUUCAAAGCCUUCCAGGCCUGUGCGGCGUCGCAAGGGACCUGCAACAAUCUGACCUUUGGCUACGGCGGCACCGACGCAACGACCGGCCAAGUGGUGCCCGGCUUCGGAUACUACGAGACCAUUGCCGGCGGCUCCGGCGCGGGCGCCGACUGGGACGGCGAAAGCGGAGUGCACACCCAUGUCACCAACACGCGCAUCUCGGACCCCGAGAUCUUUGAGCGGCGCUAUCCCGUGCUGCUGCACGAGUUUUCCAUCCGCGACGGCAGCGGCGGCGCCGGCCUCCACCGGGGCGGAGACGGCUGCGUGCGAGACAUCGAGUUCCGCAUUCCCAUGCAGGUCUCGAUUCUGUCCGAGCGGCGAGUGAUUGCCCCCUACGGCAUGGCCGGCGGCGAGGAGGGAAAGCGAGGCGUCAACCUCUGGAUCCGGCGUGAUCCAGACGAUGGCACCGUCCGCACCAUCAGCCUGGGCGGCAAGGCCACCACGCCCAUGAACGCCGGUGACCGCAUCAUCGUCCUCACUCCGGGCGGCGGGGGCUACGGCCCAGACCCCGAUGCAGUGGCGAGCAAGCAGAUCGUGGGUGCGUUCAAAAUUGGCGACAAGUUCUCCAGCAGCAACGUGAGGGCGCACGGCAGUGUGGCGGAAAGACAGGCAAAGGCGACUGGGAAUUAA